AUGUGCUCUGACAUUGUUUUGCAGGUUGAUCGACAUCUCUCGCUCCUCACAGCUCUGGGAAGACUCACGCCUAGAGACUGGACAGGCUUCAAGCCGUCCCACCAUUCCGUACCAUCUCCGCUGCCGUCUGUCCAACACCUACACCCUAGAACCGUUGUUUGGCUGGAACCCGAUUCUCUUCGGGUUAAUCUAAACAGAGGCGGAUCGUUUGACCGACUUACCGGAGCCGCCGGAGGUGGGGGCCUGAUUAGGGAUCACAGCGGAGCUCUCAUUACUGCCUUCCAAGCCCCUCUUCAAGCCUUCUUGAGCUACGACGCGAAGGUUCAGGCGGUUCAGAUCAGUCUUUGGAUAGUAGCCUCUAUCUCUUCUGACAUUUGGAUAAGGCUGGACGCUGCCGCUGUUGCCACCCUCCUCAGGCCACCAGGACUCGUGAAAGAAUCAGCACCCGCUCAUGAGCUCGGCUUGAGCCUGGAGGCAUUGGGCCGACCUUUCGUGUGGGUCGUGAGGAGGAGCGUGCUGGAGGAGGAGCUCGAGCUCGUGUCCUGGCUGAUGCUGACAUGGCCGGUAUUUGCAGACGAAAAGUUCAACGUGUUCGUGGGAGAAAAGGGCGGAAGAGGAGUUCAGGUGAAGUCGGGAGUCGGUAAUGCAGCGGAAACUGAAACUAUCUCCCAGUCGUUGACCAACCUCACUUUGCUCAUUGACUUGUCGAACAACGAGCUGUCCGGGAUGAUACCCGAGAUGGCCUCCAUAAACCUCGCCGCAUUCGAUAAGCCUCUCCGGAAACUCAAGUUCGCCGACCUUCUAGAAGCUACACACGGCUUCAACGACGAGAGCCUUAUCGGUUCGGGCGGUUUUGGCGACGAGUACAAAGUCGAGCUCAAAGACUGGAGUGUGGUCGCGAUCAAGAAACCAAUCCACGUCAUUGGGCAACGGGAGCGCGAGUUCACGGCCGAGAUGGAGACAAUCGGGAAAAUCAAGCAUCGGAGUUUAGGUCCCCUUCUCGGGUACUGUAAAGUCGGGGAAGAACGACUUCUCGUGUAUGGGAGCUUGGAAGAUGUUUUGCACGGCGGAAAGAAAAAACGGGUUGAAUUAAACUGGCCAGCUAGGCGGAAAAUCUUGAUCGGGGCUGCUCGGAGACUGGCUUUCCUACACCACAGUUGUAUCCCGCAUUACAAAGAUGCUGAAAAUAAAGGUUGA